AUGUUUGCCGUCCCAGGAUGGUCUGUUCCGAGCUCUGCUCUGAAGCAGCAGGAGCCUGCAUCGCAACCUCAGAACCAGUCUCAACAGACCAAUGGAUCGCCAAAAGCAGGUGCUAAAUCCAACAAGCGCAAGCGCAAUGACCAUGUUACCAAAGCAAAUGUUGACGAGAUGUACCGUCGGCACAUCGAAGGUCACAAGGGCACCCCAAAAUCCCAGAAGCAGGGUGCGAGCAAUGCUGUGCAGCCUAGCAAGAAACAAAAGAAGGAGCAUAAACUAGGCAAUGAAGAAUCUUCUAUGGCAGGAAAGCAGAAGAAUCAGAUUAGAAAAGAAGGUCACAAAGACAAAGAGGAUACAUCGAGCACUGCUCAGCAUGUCGGGAAUAAGGCGGAUAAGAAGGAAAAGAAGCAGAAGAAUAAGAACAAGAAUCAGACCAAGGAACAACAGCAAGAGCCCAAAGAACAGAAGCAAGCCGCUUCUCCGGCAGGCGAGCCCGUUAUCCCUCCUGCCCCGCCGAAAACAGAAGCGAUUCUUACGCCCCUUCAGCAGGCUAUGCGACAGAAGUUGAUAUCCUCCCGUUUCCGUCAUCUGAACGAGACGCUGUAUACAACACCCUCUUCUAAGGCCCUUGAACUGUUCACCUCCAACCCCGAGCUCUUCGAUGAGUACCACGCAGGAUUCUCUCGCCAGGUCAAAGAGUCGUGGCCUUCCAAUCCUGUUGAUGGCUACAUUGCGGCUAUCCGCAAGAGAGGAGGCGUGUCGUCAGGUUCCAAGAAGGGCAACAAACCUGACCACAAGAGGAAUGCACAGGUUCCGCCGCUUCCUCGGAGACCCAACGGCCUCUGCACAAUUGCUGAUCUGGGCUGCGGUGAUGCCCAGCUCGCGCGGGCCUUGACACCUUCUGCGCAGAAAUUAAACCUGAAGUUGCUCAACUUUGACUUGCAUGCUCCACAGGGCUCACUCAUCACCAAAGCAGACAUAUCCAAUUUGCCCAUUGCCGACGGAUCCGUGGAUGUGGCUAUUUUCUGUCUUAGCUUGAUGGGCACCAACUGGGUGUCUUUCGUGGAAGAAGCGUGGAGGGUUCUCCGCAGCGAUGGCAAGGGCGAAUGCUGGGUCAGUGAAGUCAAGAGCCGCUUUGGCAAGGUCCUCCGCAAGAAAGCCCAGAUUGGCGCACGCAAACCGCUCAGCAAGUCCGAGAAGAAAAAGCUCAAGAAGCAGCAAGCGGGUGAGGACGAUGCUGGCUCUGAUGUGGACGACGCGGAUAUCUAUGCAGAAGACGCUCGUAAGGCCGACGAUGACGAAACUGAUAUCUCGGCCUUCAUUGAAGUGUUCCGCACGCGUGGCUUCAUUCUCAAACCAGAAUCGGUCGACAAGUCGAACAAAAUGUUUGUGAAGAUGGAGUUUGUUAAACAAGGUGGUGCCCCGAUUAAGGGCAAAUAUGCUUCGGUCGCUCCAGCAGGAGGACCCGGCAAGAAAAGAUUCAUUGACAAGGCCGCUGAUGUUGGCGCUGGCAUGUCUCCCGAGGACGAGGCCCGUGUCCUCAAGCCUUGUGUCUAUAAGAUUCGGUAG